CUAUAAGUGGCUGCAACUAGUGGAACCUGGUGGAUAUCUAGGACGGUGGCCUUGGUGUUGGCUUUACGUGUGCCCCGCCCCUAGGUACCGUUUAUUCGCCCUCCUUCGACACGUCCAUCAACACCAUCGAUCAAAUUACCAAGGGGCUCUUCUCGGGCUCGGCCUUCAUCAGGAUAACGUGCGGGUGUAGUGCUGGAGCACCGAGGUGGUGUUAUGUGUUCCGUAAUCCGGUGGUGAUUCGUGCGUGAUUGGUGCGAGAUGGCACGCCAUCGGACGGUGCAGCACGAUGCGAUGUGCCAGAUCGAGAUACACGAAGGACCGGUGGGCGGAGGGGACCGCUUGUAUCGAUCCAUUGCUGCGAACGCGAGUAGAGAGGAAGACAAAAUAGAAGUACUCGCGGAGGACGCGGAUGGGCUGGUCGUUAGUGACGGUGGCGAUAUGGAGGGCGCUGACAACCCGCUCGCCAUGGCCGAAGCGACCUCCGAUGCGGAAGGGAUAAGCACCGAGGAUCAGUUUCAAUCGCCGAGUGUCGUUACCACGAAUGGUGUCGUCGGUGGCAAUGAAAGCUUCUCCCAGAGCUUCCGGCGCUGGUCGAGCAACCUCGGUCGCAGCGUCAAGAACAACAAGCGUACAGUCUAUAACAAGACAAUCCGCCUGAUGCCGUCACGGCUACAGAAGACGCUCUCGAUCGAUGGCGAUCUCAUCACAACGAGCGGAUCCGACGUUGACCAUAUCACCAUGGAGCUCGAGCAGCGGGAGCAGCUGAUGGAGGACAACCCGAUCGCAGAGCAGCUACGCAUCGAGGCGAUUAAGUCGAUCGCACAGCGGAUCGCCACCAAGCGCCAGAUCCGGGCCCAGCUCACGCAGACGGUCAACCGACGAGCUACGCGCUCGAAAUCGAUCGGACUGUUGCGACGCUACAACUACAGCGGCAAGGUGUACGCUGCACGGAUCGCCAAACUGCUCAAAAGCUUCGUCACGAACUUCGAGCUGUUCUAUGGCAGCAUGAAGCAGAUCGAGGGUCACUUUGGCAGCCGUAUCAGCGCGUAUUUCAAGUUUCUCCGCUGGCUGUUGGUGCUGGAUUUGACGCUGUUGCUGUUUAUUGUGUCGUUCGUCACGUUCCCGCAGCUAUUGGCUGGACCGACGGAGGCCCCGACAUCAAACACCAACGAGCCAACCGCCAACGUUCGCGACUACUUCAGCUUUGUGGAUUUGUUCACCGGGGAGGGCUACCUUACCAAGAGCGUGCUUUACUAUGGUGCGUACAGCAAUCAAUCGUUCACAUUGGUACCGGGCACUGCCGAGUACAGCCUACCGCAUGCCUACUUCCUCACGAUCACGGUCAUGGUGUUGGCUACGUUCAUCGUGGUGUCGAUCAGCAUGGGUCGCUCGUACCGUAUUAGCUUCAUCGAGGCGAGCGGCACGGUGCAGAACAUCCUGACGCACAAAAUCUUCUGCUCGUGGGAUUACGGCAUCGCGAACGAAAAGGCCGCCCGGCUCAAGCACGCUACCAUCCGGCACGAGCUGCUCGAGCAGCUGGCACAGCGCAAUCGUCCGCCACCGGUGACCGGACGGUGGCAGCAUCUGCGGAGCACCGCACUACACGCGCUCGCCCACGCCACCGUCCUGGCCCUGAUUGUUGGCGUAGCGGCCAGUGUCUGGGCACUGCUGGCGCGUUUUGGCGAAACCGAACAUUUCGCGGCCUGGUCCGCACUGUACGUGUCGCUCCUGUCGAAUGUGACGCGGCUCGUGUUUGGGCGCAUAUUUCGAAUGCUCGGCAAGGUCGAGCGCUAUCGCACCGUAGCGACCCAACUCAACAUCCAGCUGCUACGCGAUUUUCUGCUGCAGCUCACGAUCGUCGGCGUCCUGCUGGCAUUCUGGUUGACACGCUCGCAUACCGGCUGCUGGGAGACGGCCAUCGGACAGGAGCUUUACCGGCUGAUCGUCGUCGAUUUCCUGCUCUCGACUCUCCUACUCACCGUCGUCAGUGCAGUACGGUACGGGUUGCAUCGGCGGUGCACCACGGCAACGAUCACACCACCUCCCUUCUGCCUGGAAACGCACAGCCUCGGUCUGAUCUACAACCAGACGCUGCUCUGGUUCGGGCUGCUGUUUGCCCCCCUGCUAGUGCCCGUGGUCGCCCUCAAAUUUCUCUUCCUCUUCUACGUGAACAAGUUCGAGCUGUUGUACCUGUGCCAGCCACCGACAAAGCUGUGGCGCUCCAGCCAAACGCAAACGCUGCUGCUGGUGCUCGUGUUCGUCUCGCUGUUCGGUGUACUGCUUACGCACGGCUACAUCAUCACGCAGGUGCGCGUCAGCAGUGAGUGCGGACCGUUUCGCGGUACCGACUACAUGUACCAGCUGUUUAUGCAGGGCAUCCUGAAACUGCGCGAGGAGCACUUGUUCUGGCGGGUGUUCGUCUACAUCACCAAGCCGGCCAUUAUCGGCGGGGUGCUGCUGGCGAUGGGCGUCGUCGCCUAUUAUUUGCGAGCCAAAUCACGCGCCCAGAUCGCCAAGGUGAAGCUCCUGAAGGAGCUGCUGUGCAUGGAAGCGAAGGACAAGGAAUUUCUGCUCGCCAACCUCAGCAAGAUAGCGCGCGGCAAGGAGUGCAUCGGCGACGGGUUCGGCAGCGAUCGGAUCGAUGGCUGCCUACGGGGAGGAGGCCUUCGGAGUGGCGCCACCGAUAAAUAUGCGACCGAUCCGAGCGCUACCUGGCGGUACGAGCAUUCGCAACCGACCGUACGCAGCGGUACCAGUACCGUGCCGUCCGGAUCGAGCCUUACUGGAUCACCCGUCCGUGGUUAUCACCGCUUUGAGGAUGAGGAGAAGCUUCGCAUGCGAAGAUCUUAGAAGAGAGCAGCCGCAGCGUAUCCUAUUGUGCUGUAGCAGCGAUAAGGACUCGACGAAGUGAUUGUGUAAGUGUAAUCGAAUAUGUAAUAGAAAACAUAACAUUAUCUUUCACCAACUACCGGCUACACCCCGGGGGCCGUUUGAUACGCU